AUUGUUGGGAUAAUGAGCCAGAUAAUCGUCCGGACAUGAGUCAAGUAGUUGAUCGAUUAAAUUCAAUUAUUACAAAAUUAACCAUGAAAGAAAAUAAGAAAAUGAAUAUUGAUGAUGAAGCAAGCCUCUAUUCGA